GCCCUUGCUGGCUCUGUCAUGGCCGCUCCCGCACCUCAGAGCUCUUUCCAGGGUCUUGCCAUCCACUCUGGCUCCCCCAUCCAAUUCGCAACCGUCAACGCCAACGACGGCAACUUCUGGCUCCUCUACAAGACCGCAACAUCCUGCCCUUCCAAUGUCAAGUGCUCCAAGACAACCGACACCAUCUUUACCGGUGGCAAGGACACCCUCAACCUCAAGGUCGAGGUCCCCGGAGGCCAGCAGGUCUACGUUAACGACGUCGGUGCUUUGAGAUACACCCAGCCCCACAGCGCUGCCAUUGGCGAGGGUUCUUCCCAGACUGGCUUUGCUGUCUCGAAGAACGGCAAGUUCGACUACUUGACCUACAAUGGCAGUGGCUUCCUUGCUUGCCCAACCGACGACAACAACUACCUUGUCUACGUCAACGGAGCUUCUGCUGUCGAGGACAGCACUGACUGCCUUGGCUUCGAUUUCCUCGUCGGCGAUGACUCUGCUCCUGCCGCUUGGGAGUACUCCUAG